CAAUUGAAAAACACCAACACACUGCUCUGUCUCUCUGUGUCUCUCUUCCUACCAUGCAGAACGUAGAGGUGAGAAACUUGUCCUUCGAGGUGGGACAGAUCCUGACCGUCACAGGGGUCCCCAACCCAAACGGCAAUAAAUUUUCCAUCAACUUUGGUCACAGUGAGCAGGACAUCGCUCUGCAUGUGGACGUCCGCUUCAAUUAUGGAGAUACACAGAAGGAGGUGGUGUUCAACUCCUGCCAUUCAGGGAAUUGGCAUAAGGACCACCUAAUUGCCAAAGGCUUCCCCUUCAACUAUGACGAGAAGUUUGAAGUGUAUAUUCUCUUCAGAAAGGAACAGUUCGUGGUCACCCUUCCUGAUGAAUCUGAGUUAUCCUUCCCCAAUCGCCACAAAUGCGAGAAGUAUAACUUCAUAUUCUUUCGCAAUGAGGUCAAGAUUCAUAGGAUUGAAGUCAUUUAGACCAAUCAGGAUGGGUUGAAGACGAUCCACUUUAGAAGCCCAAACAUAUUUUGGCUGCUUAUUGGCUUCUAGACCUUCUUUUACUGCUCUUUAACUGUUAUGAUAAAAAAAAAAAGUUCCAGUCUUGAAAUAUUUAAUAAACUUUCAGCAUUGUUUGUGAUUUGCAAAAUAACUCAAGCACUAGCCAGACUAGGUCUACGAGGACUGGUAUAAUAUGAUGUGAUUGGAACAUCUGUGUCUUACCUAUUCAAGGUCACUGCCCAGUCUUGUA